AUGGCGCAACAAUCACCUCCUGAUCCAAGAACAUGUACAAUAUUGUAUAAAAUAUUGACACCUUCUGAGAAAGAAUCACUUCCGCAAAAUGAAUGGAAAGGAACAGAAUUUGAUCAAAAAGACGGCUUUAUCCAUCUAUCAACAUCUCAUCAAACAGCCGGUACACUAGAAAGAUUCUUUUCUGCAUCAUCCGAUGUUGGCGAUACACUCUACCUAUUGGCCCUACCCCGAACGAACAUCGUUGAUGCGCAAAAUCGAUUAAAAUUCGAACCUGCUGCAGGAACGGAAUUUGGUCAUAUUUAUGGUACUUUGGAUCCAUCAAAAGAUUUUGCCGAAGAAUAUCGAUUGGAAAGAGGUUCGGAUGGUUUGUUCAGUUUACCUGAAUUGCCAUUCUGA